CCCUUUUCGCCCUCGAGACAAUGUCUCGCCUCAUUGUCAAGAAUUUGCCCUCAUACCUCACACAGGAUAGGUUUCGAAAGCAUUUCGAAGCGGCGGAUGGUCCUGGGGGUACCCUCACAGAUGUGAAGCUCCUUCUAAAUGCAGAUGGAACUUCACGCCGGUUUGGCUUCAUCGGCUACAAGACGCCUGCUGAGGCAGAACGCGCGAAGAAGUGGUUCGAUAGGACGUUCUUGAACUCCUCGCGCAUAAGCGUUGAUGCUGUCGAUGGAGCCAAGGAUGCCCCGCCGCCCCGUCCCAACAAACGACCUCGGCUUGGCCCGUCGCCAGCCGAAGCGUCGCCUGCUGAGGCAAGUAAGAAGGGGAGUACGUCAGCGGCCAAGGGCAGCACGAAGGAUGCCAAGGCGUCGAAAGGCAAGGCUGGCAAGGCGUCUCACCUCGAAGAGUUCUUGCAGGUCAUGCAGCCGCGCACGAAGAAAGGUCCUUCAUGGGCUGACAAUGAUGCGCUUCCGCAGCCGACCAGCUCCAAAGGGCCUCGGUCUGCAGGGACUGGUGAUGAUGUGGUCGCGGACGAAAAGAAGGGAAAGAAGGGGACUGACAAGCAACGCCAUGCUGACACCAUGGACGGCGACGCACCGUUGGAAAAUCCCCAGCCUGAUGUGACCGAGGCAGUGUCGGAUAUGGAUUGGUUUAAGCAGCGGACGAAGGCGGUCCUGGAUGAACCUGAUGUAUCAGACAGGGCAUUUGAGCAGUCGGAUGAGGAGGCGGAAGAGGGUGACAACGAUGAAGAGUUUCAGGAGGAAGAGCCGCCACCAGACCCCGUCAAGACUACGAUCCUGCAGACGUCUCGGCUAUUCCUGCGCAAUCUCCCGUUCUCGUGUACAGAAGACGAGUUGCGAGAGCUAUUUGAAUCGCAUGGGGUUGUCUCUCAGGUCCAUGCACCGUUGGAUCCCACGACCAAGCAGUCGAAGGGCCUUGCGUAUGUGACAUUUGCCGAGCCGGCUAAAGCCCUUGCCGCAUACGAGGCGUUGGACAAGACGUCUUUUCAGGGGCGUCUGUUGCAUAUCCUACCUGCGGUAGACCGCAAGGGCAAGUCGGAGGUGGAAGAGGGCGGGAGGAAAAAGACGGUGAAGGAGGAACGUGAGGCUAAGAAGAAGGCGGGAGCUGGAAGGGAGUUCAAUUGGGCGAUGUUGUAUAUGAAUGCGGAUGCCGUCGCAUCAUCCAUAGCAGAUCGGAUGAGCAUACCCAAGUCCGAUAUAUUGAACCCUGACUCGGACAAUGCGGCAGUCAAGCUGGCUCUUGCGGAGACGCACAUUAUCAACGAGACGAAGUCCUUCCUCGAGCAGCACGGCGUCGUCCUCGAAUCCCUCGCUUCAACCCGAUCACAGCGCUCCGAUUCAGUCAUUCUUGUCAAGAACAUUCCGUACGGCACCUCCGCGGAAACUCUACGUACGAUGUUCAGCUCUCACGGGGAACUGAGGCGCGUGUUGGUCCCGCCUGCUGGGACGCUCGCGGUGGUCGAGUAUGAGCACGCCACGGAUGCGAAGACCGCAUUCCGUGCGCUCGCUUACCGCAGGCUCGGGAACUCGAUCAUGUAUCUCGAGAAGGCUCCACUCGGAAUGUUCGCCGAGGGCGCAGACUCACAGGGCACAUCCGAACCCAUCGUCUCAGCCGCAGUCAAGCCCGUCAUGGCCCCGGUCAGCAUGGAUGCUGUCGCAGACACCUCGGAUGCCGCGGCAGCUGAGCUGCCGCUCUCCGCGGGGACGACGCUGUUCGUCAAGAACCUCGCGUUCAGCACCACCACGGAUGGGCUUGUGAACGCGCUGCGGCACCUGCCCGGCUUCGCUUUUGCGCGCGUCCAAAUGAAGCUGGACCCUGCACGCCCGGCCGCGCGGCUCAGCAUGGGCUACGGCUUCGUCGGUUUCAAGACGAAGGACGAGGCGAAGCGGGGGCUGAAGAGCUUAGAGGGCUUCGUGCUAGACGGGCACGUGCUCAGCGUGAAGUGGGCGGGACGUGGGGCGGACGAGGUGGAGGGUGAGGAGACAAAGGGCAAGCCGCGGGGCGCGAAGAUGAUCGUGAAGAACGUCCCGUUCGAGGCGACGAAGAAGGACAUCCAGCAGCUCUUCGGCGCGCACGCGCAGCUCAAGUCCGUGCGUCUCCCGCGCAAGUUUGACCACCGCACACGGGGAUUCGCCUUCUUGGAGUUUGUAUCGCCGCACGAGGCCGCGCGCGCACACGCGGCGCUGCGGCAUACGCACUUGCUUGGACGCCAUCUCGUCCUGGAAUGGGCGGAGGAUGGCGCGGCGGACAUUGAUGAGUUGCGGAAGAAAGCUGGCGUGGGCUUUGGCGCUGGGAAGGAGAUGCCAGGCCAGAAACGCAAAGUCCGGAUGGAGGACAAGGAGGGUGAGGAUGUGGAUGAUGCAUGAGUGCGGAAAUUUACUGCAAGCUGGGACUGUCAUUUCACGCGCUAUAUCUUUGUUUACAUCCCGAGGCUCCCAAACAUGUCAGAGGGGACUGAUAUCUAGUAUCAGUCCGUACUUGUGCAAACUGGGCAUCGUUGCACAAUGUCGGUCGACAGUU